AUGUCUGGGCCAUCAUGGCUUAUUGAUCCAAAUCGAAUAGCGACUAAAAUUAGGAGUGCUUCAGCUGCAUUAGACCCAGGAGAAGUCAACUGGAAAAGCAACCCCACGAAAUCUUGUCCAAAUUGCCAACAUGUUAUUGACAACAGUGAUGUUGUCCAUGCAUGGCCUGGAUUACCACGGGGAGUGAAAUUCGAUCCUUCAGACCAAGAGAUCAUUUGGCAUUUGCUCGCUAAAGUUGGUCUCGAUAAUUUAAAGCCUCAUCCUUUUAUCGAUGAAUUCAUCCCAACAGUUCGGGAAGAUGAUGGAAUUUGCUAUACUCAUCCUCAAAAUUUGCCAGGUGUGAGGCAAGAUGGAAGUGUGUCACAUUUUUUCCACCGAGCAAUCAAAGCUUACAGCACUGGGACUCGAAAACGCCGCAAAAUACACGGCGACAAUCUUGGGGAUGUUCGCUGGCACAAAACGGGCCGCACAAAGCCCGUUUUACUUGACGGCGCGCAAAAGGGAUGCAAGAAGAUUAUGGUUUUGUAUGUGAGUCCAGUGAGAGGUGGGAAAGCUGAGAAGACAAAUUGGGUGAUGCACCAAUAUCACUUGGGCACUGGGGAAGAUGAAAAAGAAGGGGAAUUUGUGGUGUCCAAAGUGUUCUACCAGCAGCAGCAGCUUCAGGUUAAGCAGUUUGAUAAAACCGAGGAAUUUGUUCCGGAAGGAAUUGAGUGUGAUGAUACAGUUAUGAUGAUGAUUCCUAAGGUGGAUCCUGUGACUCCUAAGCUCACAACUCCCGAGCCACGUGUAGAGAGCAGAUUCGCUGAUUGUGAGCUGGUGCAAGUACAAGAUUGUCCUGUGCUUGUUGAUAUAGAGCACCAAAACCAGGCUCUCCUCAUGCGAGACUCGGUGGGAACUCCCUCCGAACAAUCAGACGAUCAACCUCAGACCAAUCUGGAGAAUCAAACGGCAGAUAAGAAUGACGAUGACGAGGCAGAUAAUGAUGAUGAUGGGAAAUGGUGGGAAAACGAGUCUCAGUUUCUGCUCAACUCACAACAGCUUGUCGAGGGCCUAUCUCUUUGCGACGAGCUUCUUCAGAGUCAGUCCCCAUGCAGGGACGAAAAUGGAAGUAAUACUGCUCAAGGGAUGAACGGAAAAUCUCUUCUUUCUGACUAUGCUCGUUUGGGACCUGAUGACUUGAAGAGGGAUUUGGAGGCGUGCCAAGACUUAGCUUGUGACCCUGCCAAUAUUGAGCUUGAUACACCACCUGAUUUUCGCCUGAGCCAACUGGAGUUUGAGUCUCAGGAUAGUUACAUUGCUUGGGGAGGAAGCGUACGUGGAGGUGGAGGCAAGACAAUCGACUGA